GUGAAUAAGGCAGCAUCCCAGGUUCUAGUUUCAGAUACCCCUUGACAUAACUUUUGAACUAUCCGGAAAAAUACUGGCCAGGAAAAAUGAUAAAAUUUUUCCUCAUGGUAAAUAAACAAGGGCAGACCCGACUUUCUAAAUACUAUGAACAUGUGGAGAUUAAUAAGCGUACACUUCUGGAAACGGAAGUCAUAAGGAGCUGUCUCUCCCGAUCCAAUGAGCAAUGCUCUUUCAUUGAAUUCAAGGAUUUUAAGCUGAUUUAUCGACAGUAUGCAGCUCUCUUCAUUGUGGUUGGAGUUAAUGACACUGAGAAUGAGAUGGCAAUUUAUGAAUUCAUCCAUAACUUUGUGGAAGUUUUAGAUGAAUACUUCAGCCGCGUGAGUGAAUUAGAUAUAAUGUUUAAUUUGGAUAAAGUACACAUUAUUUUGGAUGAGAUGGUGUUGAAUGGCUGCAUUGUGGAAACGAAUCGGGCAAGAAUUCUUGCCCCUCUACUCAUUCUUGAUAAAAUGUCAGAAAGCUGAAUAAUGGAAGUCUCUGCCAGACAACAUCAACUUGUGGAAGUGAGAAUACCAUGGAACACCUCUUUACAUCUGUAGCCCAAAAAGUCUGCAAGACUGUACCCUGCAAAAUGGGGUACCCUUCCAAAGACAUUUUAUAUAGGUGUUUUCCACAGUUCCUAAGUGGAAAACAAACUGUAUUUUAAAAUAUGGUGUACAAAGAAAAUUUUUCUCUAAGAGACAAAUUUUAUUUUCUAACCAUAAGCAUUUUUUCCCCACUUGUUCAACUUUUGUUGAGUUCUGAGGGUAUCUUUUUUGUUCUUUGCUUUCCUUUCUUAUUUAAUUCAGGAUAGCAGCAUGAGAAGAACAUGAGACAACUAUCAGCCAAUAAAGUUCUAAACACAGAGCACCUCGAAUGUUUUCUGAAUGCUUUUUCCUUAAAAUGCCUUAAGUCCAAACUUCACUGAAUUGUGUACCUAAUAAAAAUCGAGAAUUAAAUUU